UACGGGAUGCUAAAAAUCUUGUUCCAAUGGAUCCCAACGGCUUGUCAGAUCCCUACGUGAAACUCAAACUCAUACCUGACCCAAAAAGCGAGAGCAAACAAAAGACGAAAACCAUCAAAUGUUCUUUGAACCCUGAGUGGAAUGAGACCUUCAAAUUCCAGUUGAAAGAGUCCGACAAGGGCAGGCGGCUGUCGGUGGAGAUCUGGGACUGGGAUCUGACCAGCAGGAAUGACUUUAUGGGAUCUCUGUCCUUUGGCAUUUCAGAGCUGCAGAAAGCUGGAGUGGAUGGCUGGUUUAAGCUCCUGAGCCAGGAAGAGGGAGAAUACUUCAACGUCCCUGUCCCAGCUGAAGGUGAAGAAGGCAAUGAGGAGUUCAGGCAGAAGUUUGAGAGAGCCAGAAUUGGUCAAGGUUCAAAAGUUGUGGAAGAAAAGAUGCCCAACACCAUCUCCAAAUUUGACAACAAUGGGAACCGUGAUCGCAUGAAACUGUCUGACUUCAACUUCCUUAUGGUGCUGGGGAAAGGCAGCUUCGGAAAGGUGAUGCUUUCGGAAAGGAAAGGAACGGAUGAACUUUAUGCUGUAAAGAUUCUGAAGAAGGACGUGGUCAUCCAAGAUGACGAUGUGGAAUGCACCAUGGUGGAGAAGCGAGUGCUGGCUCUGGCCGGAAAGCCCCCCUUCCUCACACAGCUUCAUUCUUGCUUCCAAACCAUGGACCGCUUGUAUUUUGUGAUGGAGUACGUGAAUGGUGGUGACCUCAUGUACCAGAUCCAACAGGUCGGGCGAUUCAAGGAGCCCCAUGCUGUGUUCUAUGCAGCUGAGAUCGCCGUGGGCCUUUUCUUUCUGCACUGCAAAGGGAUCAUUUACCGAGACCUAAAACUUGACAACGUGAUGCUGGACUCCGAGGGCCACAUCAAAAUUGCUGAUUUUGGCAUGUGCAAAGAGAAUAUCUGGGAUGGAGGCACCACCAAGACUUUCUGUGGCACGCCUGACUACAUUGCUCCUGAGAUAAUUGCCUAUCAACCCUAUGGGAAAUCGGUGGACUGGUGGGCCUUUGGCGUCUUGCUCUAUGAGAUGUUGGCGGGACAGGCACCUUUUGAAGGAGAAGAUGAAGAUGAGCUUUUCCAGUCGAUCAUGGAGCACAAUGUGGCCUAUCCCAAAUCCAUGAGCAAAGAAGCAGUGGCCAUCUGCAAGGGGCUCAUGACCAAGCAUCCAGCUAAGCGGUUGGGGUGCGGCCCGGAAGGAGAACGGGAUAUCAAGGAGCAUGCCUUUUUCCGAUACAUUGAUUGGGACAAACUCGAGCAGAAAGAAAUCCAGCCUCCCUUCAAGCCCAAAGCUUGCGGACGCAAUGCUGAAAACUUCGACCGGUUUUUCACCCGCCAUCCACCUGUCUUAACUCCACCUGACCAAGAAGUCAUCAGGAACAUUGACCAAUCAGAAUUUGAAGGCUUUUCCUUUCUUAACUCUGAGUUUUUUAAGCCUGAAGUCAAGAGCUAAGUAGACCAUCCUCCCCUCCCCCCUCCC